AUGGCAUUCCACCUGGAGUUUAGUUGCACCAAUAACAUCGCAGAAUAUGAAGGUUGCGCCAUUGGUCUGGAAAUGGCAUUAUCUGUGGGAGUAGAAAAGAUUAAAGUCUUUGGAGACUCUUCGGUCGUGAUCUGUCAGACUCAAGGGAAAUGGAAGACUAGAGAUGAAAAGCUGAAGCCUUACCAAGUACAUUUGGAGCACAUGGCUAAAUGUUUCAAAGAGAUCUCUUUCAAAUACUUACCCAGAGAUAGCAAUCGAUUUGUGGAUGCCUUGGCUACUCUAGCCUCCAUGGUAGAAUGUGAUCCUCAGGACAAGAUCCGACCUUCUCUAGUUGAAAAAAGAACUGGCCCAGCAUACGAAGAGCUAGUCAAUCUACUCACCAAGGAUGGAAGGCCCUGGUACUCACCGAUGGUUGAUUAUAUCAAAGAAAGGAAGUACCCUGAAUACUUCACAGAAGGGAAGAGAAGGCAUCUGUGA